AUGGAUUCUUCUUCUGAUCGGGAAUUCGAUGAGUUGAUCAAGUUCAAGAUACUAUUGGCAAAAUCUGGUGGUUUCGAUGUGGAGCAUUUGAUGGAUAUAAAACCACGUUCUUAUUCCCUUCAUCUUUAUGAUGAUGGUGAUUACUCGGACCAAAUCAUUCUUUAUGCCAAGUUUGGGAUCCAUAGGUACAAUAUGGUACAUGGUAAAAACUUGCAGCUCAGUUUCGUGGAGAAAUACAAUGUUCAUCAUAGACCAUUCUUUUCAUGUUACUCUAUAACUUUGGUUGCAAAAGAUUUAGCUUCUGGUGGUUCCCUUGUACCUUUUCAAACCAAAUUUGUUGAAGAACGAUAUGACAUGUACAAGAGACUGUCUUGUUAUAUUGCUAGACCCAAAUUCGAACCAAAACAAGAGGAAAAAUCCUUGAAUCAAGAAUCGGUAGAUAAAGAAGCCGAUUUUAUAAUUCCCGAGUGGCCGUCAGAGAAUGCUUUCCAUGAUAAAAGCCGAUAUUACUUGGUUAAGAAAUUAGACCUGCUUAAUCAUGAUUGGAUUCGUCUAUACAUGGAACUUGCAUUCCUCAAAAAAAAUACCAAGAUUAAGAAGCCUAAGCUGUCAAGAUUGGCCAUUGUGAAGGUAGCCGUAGAAACUGACGAAAAUGUGGAGCGGCCAAAUGAGAGACUCAAGGCCAGAAAUGCAACCUUCUACAUUAAGUACAAGUACCGCCGGAAUAAAGGUCAAGCCAGCCGAGUUGGUAAGAUUAAAGCAGCACAGGCCUUGGCGGGCACAGGAGAAUUGCUCGAGUCCUACUCUAAUGAGUAUUAA